CUUACAGCUAAUACUCCCUCAAACCCAAUUUCAAUAAUUAUUAUUAGUACUAAUUAAUCAAAUCUUAAUCUAAUCUAAUCUCUCCAUCUCCAUCUAAUCGAAUAUUAACCCAAAAUUAAACUAAAAACUUCUUUUUUCUCGCUUUUUCACUUCCUGUUUCACACAACAGAGAGAAAAAAAAAAAAAAAGCACUUGCAGUUUCGAUUUCUUCAAAUGUGGAGUCUUCUUCUUCUUCGUCUACAGACUGACUUCGACGCGUUCCUUUUCUUUUUCAAGCCCUAAGCUGACGAACAAAUAAAUCUUAGUUGCAUAGAGAUUUCGUGCACUAACCUUAACCGCUUUCGAUUUCCAUGUCUUCUACUUUCAGUCCGUCACGGAACAGCCCUGGGAGUUCUAGGCUACAGCUGUUCCAACUCGGAGCCGUUGGCAGUGUGUCUAGGUUGAGAUCUUCUUCGUUCAAGAAACCGCCGGAGCCUCUUCGCCAUGCCAUCGCAGAUUGUCUUUCCUCCGCUGCUGCUGCCGGCGCUACCUCUCAUCAUGGGAAUCCCUCCGUUGCUGUCACUGAAGCAUCUAGAACUCUUCGCGACUAUUUGGCUUCACCUGCAACAACUGACCUGGCUUAUAUUGUAAUUUUAGAACAUACAAUUGCUGAAAGGGAGCGCAGCCCAGCUGUUGUUGCUAGAUGUGUUGCACUUUUGAAGAGAUACCUUCUAAGAUAUAAACCCAGUGAGGAGACAUUACUUCAGAUUGAUCGAUUUUGUGUGUGCACAAUUGCUGAAUGCAAUAUUAGCCCGAAUAGACGGUUGUCACCAUGGUCACGAUCUCUGAAUCAACAAUCUGUUCCAUCCACAGCUUCUACAAAUUCUUCACCUUCUCUGCCUGUAUCCAGUUUUGCUUCCGGUGCACUUGUAAAGUCAUUAAAUUAUGUACGUUCUCUAGUAGCUAAACAUGUUCCAAGGCGAUCAUUCCAACCAGCAGCUUUUGCUGGAGCUCUCUCUGCAUCAAGGCAGUCUCUUCCGUCAUUGUCAUCUUUGUUGAGUAGAUCCUUUAAUUCCCAGUUAAGCCCUGCAAGUAGUGGAGAAUCUUCGGAGAAAAAAGAUACUGCCAUCUUACCUGUUUCGAACUUAUCAAAUAUGGAAACAGUUGUUACAAGAGAGGACCUGGAUUACAUUGCAGGUGAUGUUUUAAAAUGGCGUUGGGUUGGGGAACAUCCUUUGUCAUUUCUCUCAGCUGAAAAUGGUCGUUCUGUGGACCUUCAAGAUAUGAGCACGCGUAAUUUCCUAGAAUUAGGUGCUGCAGCUCUACUGGUAGGAGACAUGGAAGCCAAAAUAAUGGGUCAGCCUUGGAAAUAUUUCAGAACUGCUGAUAUGCCUUAUCUUGAUCAACUAUUGCAGCCCUCAUCAUUUACAACCAUUACUAAUUCAGCCUCUGCUCGACCCCAUCUGAGGGCAAUAACAGCAUGUAAACGCAGUAAAGCAGGACCUCGCCAAAUUUGGGAGGAUUCUCCAGCAAGCACAUUCCGCACACGUGCUCGACCUCUUUUCCAGUAUCGUCACUACAGUGAACAGCAACCUUUACGUCUGAAUCCUGCUGAGGUAUGCGAGGUUAUUGCUGCAGUUAGCUCAGAGACAUAUUCACCAAGUGCUAAUAAUUUCACUGUAUCAUCUAGAUUAAGUAAUAACAGUGGAAAGCCAUCAAUGGACGUGGCUGUGAGUGUGCUUAUUAAACUUGUCAUCGACAU